AUGUUAGCAAGAUAUAGAGGCAUUGAUAACGAUGCCAGCAGCUGGCUACGGUGGUUUUCUACUAGCUAUAAGACAGGGGCUCAGACUCGUGCGCUGGACUGGCUGAGUUUCAAAUUCGGACUCCAACAUCCUGCAAUCAACCACUCACUCGCGUCGGAAUGUCCUGGACUCUCCACCUUUUCCCCGAAAUGUAUGGCACUGAAGAAAAACCAGGCGUCUACCGUCGGCCACGCCAUACUGGAGAAAUGGAUGGGCUCCGAAAUGGAGAGAAAGUAUGAAGAGAGACACGGAUUCUCUUUCCGUCCGCCGCUUACUGGGGUCAAUGAUCAGUACCUUCUGGUACGCUUCAUGUGCAACCUCACGCAAGAGGCCAUUGAGAAGGUUAUCAAGGACACAGAGCUUUGGGAUGAUGUUCGGGAACUCUUUGGAAAAGCUGAGGAUAUUAUGGACAAACCACCAAUGUGGUUCAGGGUUGGCCUGCGCGCAAACCCAGAAGAUAAUUUCCAAUACACCAUCGACAAGUCCUUUACUUCCCUCUGGGACAUUUAA